AUGCCUGCCUCAUCAGCCGCUUCCACCUCGGCAUCCGCCACCACCGCCGCUGCCACCGCGCGCGGGCCCGCGCACAUCGUGCCGCCGCCGCGCGCCGAGCAGCAUCUCGCCGGCGUGGCGCGCAUCAGCUCGUGGGACUCCAAGGUGGCCGCGCGCCAGCGCGCCGCCGAGGUCAAGGCCAAGGAGAAGGCCAUGAAGGCCGAGCGCGAGGAGGCGGACAAGGCCAAGACAAAGGCGCGCAUGGAGCGCAGGCAGAAGGUGGCCGACAAGGCGCGCCUCGAGGCAUUGGCGGCAAAGAUGAGCGGCAAGCGUCUGGACCGACACAAGCGCAGGCUGGGCCUGACGAAGAAGGUGGCGCACUGA